CACCCGAUCCAAAGCUAUUUUCUUCUCUCUGUAAUGUUUGUAAUGACAUACAUAUCCAGGCCUUGAUCCUCGAGCACACAUGUCCAGAUCGACGUCAGAUUCUUUAUCUCCACCUCUUCACUACUCUCCCUAAAUCCUCUCUUCUUCUUCUUCUAAGCCACUAAAUCAAUACUGAUCUUCUCAAGUCAAAAAAAUAUUGACGUAUGGAUUUUCUACUAUUUCCAUCUUUAUGACUAGCGCACUCCGUCGUCAACACAAUGCAGUCCCAUUGACUUCCACUCCCGAAAACUCGACGAUCGCCGCCCUGGUCGCCGGAAAUGGCGAUUUCUCCGGCAAAUUUCCUAUUCGGUUUCCUCUUACUCUCGAUCAUCCUAUGGCUUCUCUUAACUUUUGCUUCUGGACUAAUAGCUUGGACUUUGAGCCGAUUGUUGGGGGGAGCAUUUGUAGGAUUCCGUGUUGCUGGAUGGAAAUGUUUGAGAGACGUUGUCGUGAAAUUUAACAAGGGUGCGGUUGAGAGCAUUUGCAUAGGUGAAAUCAGGUUAAGCCUUCGGCAGUCAUUAGUUAAACUUGGGGCUGGUUUUUUGUCCAGGGAUCCAAAAUUACAGGUGCUAAUUAGUGAUUUAGAAAUUGUUCUGAGGACUUCAAGAAAAAGCACUCAGUCCUCUCAGAAUACAAGGCCCCGAUCCUCUCAUAGAGCUCGCAAGUCAGGAAGAGGAAAGUGGAUGGUUGUGGCUAAUAUGGCUAGAUUUUUGUCAGUUUCUGUUACGGAGUUAGCUGUCAGAACACCAAAAGCUGCUGUGGAGGUCAAAGAAUUGACCUUAGAUAUAUCUAAAGAUGGUGGAUCUAAGCCAGCAUUGUUUGUGAAGUUAAAUCUUGUUCCUGUACUUGUGCACUUGGGGGAUACACGGGCCAGCGGUGAUCAAUCAUCAGUUUUUGGUGAACCUUCUCCAAUCCGUAAUGCAUUACUAUCUGUGACAGAGAGGACGACUGCCCCUUUCAUAUGCGAAGAAUUUUCUGCUCUCUGUGAGUUUGGGCAUGAAAGGGAAUUGGGAGUAAUAGUCAAAGAUGUGGAUCUCAGAUGCGGAGAAGUUUUUGUAAACCUAAAUGAGGAGCUAUUACUUAAAAGGAGAAGCUCAGCAGAAGCUGUUUUCCAAGGACACGAUUUUUUGAAGACAAACUCGGAGUCUGGGGAGGCUCUAAAACCACAGAAAGAGCCAGCAGUACUGGCUAUAUAUAAAUAUGCCUCGUUGUUUCCUGAAAAGCUUAGCUUCGCUCUGCCAAAGAUAGACAUGAAAUUUGUUCAUCAUGGAGAAGGUCUUCUAGCGGAUAGUAACAUCAUGGGGAUUCAACUCAAGGGCUCAAAAUCUCGAUCAAUUGAAGAUGUGGGAGAAAGUACACGGCUAGAUGUGCAGAUGGAAUUUAGUGAAAUCCAUCUACUCACGGAGGCUGGUAUUUCUGUAAUGGAGAUAUUGAAGCUGGAUGUUGUCUCAUCAGUUUAUAUUCCUAAUCAGCUUACUUCACCUAUUGGGGUAGAAGUUGAUGUCAAGCUUGGAGGUGCUCAAAGCAAUCUAAUUUUAGCUAGAUUAACUCCGUGGAUGGACUUUCAUGCCUUGAGGAAAAAGAAAGUGUUGGUUGAAAAUGGCGGCUCUACUUCGGAAUGCCCAAAGUCUUCUGAACAUAAAGCCUUGAUUAUGUGGACAUGCACAGUCUCUGCCCCAGAGAUGUCAAUUGUCCUUUAUGAUAUGAGUGGCUCACCCUUGUAUCAUGGCUGCUCACAAUCAUCUCACGUCUUUGCCAACAACAUGUCAAGUAUGGGCACAACAGUACAUAUGGAACAUGGUGAGUUCAAUCUGCACAUGUUUGAUGAAUAUCAAGAAUGCUUAAAGGAGAGCCUAUUUGAGGUGGAAGCAUAUACAGAAUCAUUAAUGCAUGUAGCAAAAAUUAGUGUUGAUUGGGGAAAAAAGAACACACCUGAAGAUGGUGCCAACUUCAAAUUGGCUCUCUCUGUUGAUGUAACUGGCAUGGGAAUAUUUAUGAACUUCAGGCGCCUUGAAUCUCUGAUAUCAACAGCCUCAUCCUUCAAAUCAGCAAUAAGAAGUUUCUCUGCCUCUGGUAAGAAACCAGCACAUAGACGGAGUAAACCACCCAAGCCAUCAGGAAAGGGGAUUCAACUCAUACGAUUUAAUCUUGAAAGAUGUUCUUUAAAUUUUAGUGGAGUUGUAGGCUUAGAAAGUGCAGUUGUUUCAGACCCCAAACGUGUUAAUUAUGGGUCCCAAGGUGGAGUUGUCUCGAUCAGUGUCUCUGCAGAUGGUACUCCCCGAACUGCAAGUAUAUAUUCAAUAGCCUCAGAUGAAUCAAGAAAGCUAAAGUAUUCAGUUUCUCUUGAUGUCUCCCACCUCAACCUUUGCACAAGCAAGGAGAAACAAUCAACACAAGUGGAGCUUGAAAGAGCUAGAUCUGUUUAUCAUGAAUUGUUGGAAGAGAAUAGUUCUAGAACUGAGGUGACUUUGCUUGAUAUGCAAAACGCAAAAUUUGUGAGGCGAUCUGGUGGCCUUAAAGACAUCGCUACCUGCUCUCUCUUCAGUGCUACUGACAUAACAGUCAAGUGGGAUCCUGAUGUGCAUAUAGCAUUAUUCGAACUUGGUUUGCAGUUCAAGUCAAUGGUUCAACAGCUUAAGCUUAACGAGUCUAUGAAAGAAGCCAUGAGUGAUAAUGGGCCGAAGAAAGAGACAGCUGCAGAAUCAGUAGAGUUUGAGAAACGGAACAAGAAAAGAGAAUCAAUUUUUGCUAUUGAUGUUGAAAUGCUUAAUAUAUCUGCUGAAGUUGGGGAUGGUGUUGAAGCCACUAUUCAGGUUAAGUCCAUUUUUUCAGAAAAUGCACGAAUAGGUGUUCUUCUUGAAGGACUCACACUCCAUUUCAACCGUGCAAGAGUAUUUAGAAGCAGCAGGAUGCAAAUUUCUCGGAUUCCUAAUGUUUCUAACACUCCAUCAAAUGUGAAAAUUGAGAGGGGUACAACAUGGGACUGGGUAAUUCAAGCCCUUGAUGUCCACAUUUGCAUGCCUUACAGGUUACAGUUGCGUGCCAUUGAUGAUUCUGUCGAGGACAUGAUUAGGGCUCUGAAGCUCAUUACAUCUGCAAAAACUAAACUUAUGUUUCCCAAUAAGGAAGGUAAUCUGAAAUCAAAAAAAUCAAAUUCAUCAAAGGUUGGGCAUGUAAGAUUUUGCAUACGUGAGGUAACUGCUUAUAUUGAAGAAGAGCCAAUUCAGGGUUGGUUUGAUGAGCAUUAUCAGUUAUUGAAGAAUGAGGCUAGUGAAUUAGCUGUGCGAUUGAACUUUCUUGAUGAACUUGUCUCCAGAAGCAGUCAAUCUCCUGGUGCUACUGAGAAGAAUGCUUCUACUGAUGAAGGCAAGUUCCGGUUUAAUGGAGAAGAGAUUGAUGUGCACAACAUUUCUGCAGUUCAAAAGUUGAGGGAGGAAAUUUAUAAGAAAUCAUUCUGGUCAUACUACCAGGCAUGUAAAAACCUUGUGCCAUCACAAGGAUCAGGCGCUUACGAUGGGGGCUUCCAAUCUGGUUUUAAGCCAAGUACUUCCAGGACUUCUCUGUUUUCGCUUUGUGCUACAGAGUUAGAUAUAAGCUUGACAAAAAUUGAAGGGGGUGAGACUGGCAUGAUUGAACUUCUGAAAAAGCUUGAUCCUAUAUGUCGUGCACAAAACAUCCCGUUCUCUAGACUAUAUGGCAGUACAAUCAACUUACGCACAGGCUCCCUUACUGUGCGUAUAAGAAACUAUACUUGUCCAUUAUUUGCUGCAACUUCUGGUAGAUGUGAAGGCCGUCUUGUGCUCGCUCAGCAGGCAACAUGUUUUCAGCCCCAAGUUUUCAAAAAUGUUUUCGUUGGGAGAUGGAGGAAGGUGAGUCUGCUUCGUUCAGAAAGUGGCACAACUCCCCCUAUGAAAACAUAUUGUGAUUUGCCUCUUCAUUUUCAAAAGGCAGAAAUUUCUUAUGGGGUUGGUUUUGAACCAUCAUUUACAGAUAUCAGUUAUGCAUUUACUAUGGCCCUUCGUAGGGCCAAUUUAAGUACUAGGGAUUCGAACCCUGAUCACCCUCCACCGAAAAAGGAAAGGAGCUUGCCAUGGUGGGAUGAAAUGAGAAACUAUAUUCAUGGGAACACCACUCUCUACUUUGCUGAAGCCAAAUGGAAUGUUCUUGCGACAACUGAUCCCUAUGAAAAGACUGAAAAGCUCCAGAUCAUAUCAGGUAAUAUGGAAUUGCAGCAGUCUGAUGGUCGUGUUUAUGUAUCCGCAAAGGAUUUCAAGAUUAUAAUAAGCAGUUUGGAAAGCAUACUAAGAAACUCAUCUGUAAAACAUCCAACUGGUCUUUCUUAUACACUCAUAGAGGCUCCUGUUUUUAGUGUUGAAGUUACCAUGGAAUGGGAGUGUGAUUCUGGAUGUUCACAAAACCAUUAUUUGUUUGCGUUUCCUAAAGACGGUGUUCCUCAUGAAAAGGUUAAUGAUCCCUUUAGAUCCACUGCUUUGUCCCUACGUUGGAAUCUGUUGCUUAGGCCUGUUCUUCCCUGUAGUUAUGGCCAGUCAGGGUUAUCAUCGUGUGAUCAGCAUAUCCUUGAUGGAGCUGCCUGUGGCUUAAAUAUGCCUUCAAUUGAUAUCCCGACACUCAAUCUUGGACCUCAUGAUUUAGCAUGGUUAAUCAAAUUUUGGAACUUAAACUAUGCUCCUCCUCAGAAAAUUCGUUCAUUUUCUAGGUGGCCCCGUUUUGGAGCCCCAAGAGCCCCCAGGUCAGGUAAUCUUUCCCUAGACAAAGUAAUGACAGAAUUCAUGUUUAGGGUUGAUGCAACUCCAGCAUGUAUCAGGCACAUGCCUCUAGAAAAUGAUGAUCCAGCUAAGGGACUGACUUUUAAGAUGACAAAGCUAAAGUAUGAACUUUAUUUUGGCCGGGGAAAGCAAAAAUUUACAUUUGAAAGCAAACGCGGGCCCCUUGAUCUUGUCUAUCAAGGUCUUGAUCUACAUAUGCCUAAAGCAUUUAUUAAUAGUAAAGAUUGGACUAGUGUCUCCCAAGUAGUUCAAAUGACUAAGAAAACCUCACAAUCUGGAGCAAUGGAAAAGGCUAGGAAUGUGAAAAGUGGUAGUAUGUUAAGUGGUAGCACAGAACGACAUCAUGAUGAUGGUUUUCUUUUAUCAUCUGAUUACUUUACAAUCAGGAGGCAAUCUCCUAAAGCUGAUCCUGAAAGGCUAUUGACGUGGCAGGAGUCUGACAGAAGAAAUCUUGAGGUGACAUAUGUGAGAUCUGAGUUUGAAAAUGAGAGUGAAAGUGAUGACCAUGCGAGAUCUGAGCUAAGUGAUGAUGACGGAUAUAAUGUGGUUAUUGCAGAUAAUUGUCAACGCGUAUUUGUUUAUGGUCUUAAACUUUUGUGGACUAUUGAGAACAGAGAUGCUGUCUGGUCUUGGGUUGGUGGAUUAUCUAAAGCUUUUCAACCUCCAAAGCCAUCUCCUUCUAGGCAAUAUGCUCACAGAAAGUUGCUUGAGGAGAAAAAGGUAGCAGACAAAUCUGAGACGUCUCAAGAUUGUAAUUGGAAGCCUCCUAGCCAUGCUGUGAACCCCUCAUCUCCACAUCAUUCAGGGACAUUAGUAUCACAGUUGCAGUCAUCUCCCUCAAAUUCAGUUAAAGUGGGAACCUCUUUUUUUGAUGAAACUGCAAAACCUGGUAGCACUGAAGACUCUGAAGGGGAAGGGACCCGCCAUUUCAUGGUGAAUGUCAUUGAACCACAAUUCAACCUUCAUUCAGAAGAUGCAAAUGGUAGAUUUUUACUUGCAGCUGUUAGUGGCCGUGUUUUAGCCCGUUCGUUCCAUUCAAUACUUCAUAUUGGCCAUGAGAUAAUUGAACAGGCGCUUGGCAGAGGGAAUGUGCAAAUACCUGAAUCUCAACCAGAAUUGACCUGGAACCGUAUGGAGUUCUCCAUGAUGUUAGAGCAUGUACAAGCUCAUGUCGCUCCAACGGAUGUAGAUCCAGGGGCUGGACUUCAGUGGCUUCCUAAAAUCCGUAAAAGCUCACCAAAAGUGAAAAGAACUGGAGCAUUACUUGAAAGAGUGUUUAUGCCUUGUGACAUGUACUUCCGCUAUACAAGGUAUAAAGGAGGUACUCAUGACUUGAAGGUUAAACCCUUAAAAGAGCUUGCUUUUAAUUCUCGUGAUAUAACAGCAACAAUGACAUCUCGUCAGUUUCAAGUUAUGCUUGAUGUGCUAACCAAUCUCCUCUUUGCCCGCCUUCCAAAGCCUAGAAAAGUUAGUCUAUCAUAUCCAACUGAUGAGGAUGAUGAUGUGGAAGAGGAGGCAGAUGAAGUUGUUCCUGAUGGUGUUGAAGAGGUAGAACUAGCAAGGAUCAAUCUCGAAGAGAAAGAACGUUUCCAAAAGCUAGUCCUAGAUGACAUCAGGAAGUUGUCUCCUUGUAAUGAUGUUUCUGGGGAACUGUUCUCAGAAAAGGAACGCGAUCUGUGGAUGGUAACGGGUGGAAGGUUCAUAUUGGUGAAAAAACUAAAGAAGGAGCUGAUUAGUGCACAAAAAUCUAGAAAAGCUGCAUCUGCUUCUCUAAGGAUGGCUCUGCAGAAGGCUGCACAACAACGGUUGAUGGAAAAAGAAAAGAACAAAAGUCCUUCAUGUGCAAUGCACAUUUCUUUGCAGAUAAAUAAAGUUGUAUGGAGCAUGCUUGUAGAUGGUAAAUCGUUUGCAGAAGCAGAAAUAAAUGACAUGAUAUAUGAUUUUGACAGAGAUUACAAAGAUGUUGGUGUUGCUCGGUUCACAACAAAAUACUUUGUUGUUAGAAACUGUCUGCCUAAUGCCAAGUCUGAUAUGCUUCUUUCAGCCUGGAAUCCUCCUCCUGAAUGGGCAAAAAAAGUUAUGCUCCGUGUAGAUGCAAAACAGGGGGCUCCUAAAGAUGGGAACUCUCCUCUUGAACUCUUUCAGGUGGACAUCUACCCCUUGAAGAUACACUUGACCGAGACAAUGUACAGAAUGAUGUGGGAAUAUUUCUUCCCAGAAGAGGAACAGGACUCCCAGCGAAGACAGGAAGUUUGGAUUUCAACUACUGCUGGCUCAAGGCGCGCAAAGAAAGGUUCAUCCACACAUGAAGUUUCUACUGGCCAUUUAACCAAAGAUUCUCAGGUCUCUUCAAAAUCAAGUAUCUGUGUGCUACCACAUACAGGUGGAACUGGUACUCAGUCUUCACUAGGUGAUGUGCCUGAAGCAUCAAAGUUGCAGCUCUUAAAUACAAAUGUUGUUUCUGGUAUAACUCCACAACUACUAAGGACAUCUUCCUUUGAAAGAACAAGGGAGGAAAGUGUUACUGAAUCUGUAGCUCAUGAACUUGUAUCAAAAGCUCACUCUUCUGAUGCACCAUUGUCUUUGGCAAAAUGUGAGAUAAGAGCGCCCUGUAUUGAGCAGCUGCCAGAUGAAGCCUCCUCCAGGAAUAAUAAACCCAAACCUAUCAAAUCUGGUCGCUACUCUCAUGAAGAUAAAAAGACAGGAAAGGCAAGCGAUGAAAAGAGAUCCAGGCCACGAAGAAUGAGAGAGUUCCACAAUAUUAAGAUCAGUCAGGUGGAGUUACUUGUGACAUAUGAAGGGUCAAGAUUUGCAGUGAGUGAUCUACGGUUGCUGAUGGAUACAUUCCAUCGUGUUGAAUUUACUGGCACCUGGAGGCGGCUAUUCUCCCGAGUUAAGAAGCAUAUCAUAUGGGGAGUCUUAAAAUCUGUCACAGGAAUGCAGGGAAAGAAGUUCAAGGAUAAAGUGCAUGGUGGUGGUCAAAAAGAAGGUGGUGCCGGUUCCUCCGGAGUUCCCAGUAUUGAUCUUAACUUGAGUGAUAGCGAUGGAGAAGGUGGUGGCUCAGCUGGGAAGAGUGAGGAGCAGAACUCAUUGAUCUGGCCACCAAAGCGUUCUAAUGAUGGGGCGGGGGAUCGGUUUGUGACGUCUGUUAGGGGACUCUUUAAUUCACAAAGACGUAAAGCAAAGGCUUUUGUACUGCGCACUAUGAGGGGUGAAGCAGAGAAUGAGUCGACACAUGGAGGGGGUGAGUGGAGUGAUAGCGAGACUGAGUCCUCUCCUUUUGCUAGACAACUCACCAUGACUAAGGCCAAAAAAUUAAUUAGGCGGCACACAAAGAAGUUCCGCUCAAAAAAAGGGGGUGGUGUAUCAUCUCAACCAAGAGAAUCACUCUCCACGUCUCCAAGGGAUACACCUUUCUACAGUGACUCUUCAAGCGGAACCUCGCCUCCUUAUGAGGAUUUCAACGAAUAGCUCUGUGGUUAUAGGUGAAGUUUCUACCCUGUACUGUGCAAAGGCAAACCACACUAUGUGCAACGAGAAAGAAGCAAGCACAUUCUUCGUCUCCACGUCUCCGCCAUGGCACAUUGCCCAUCGCUGCAAUCUACAUGUAAGUUCCUUCUGUUCUUCUCCUACUUGACAACUUGCACAUCUUCGCCUCCAUUUCUCUAUUUUUGUUUCAAAUUUGGUGAUGGUGAUGACGAUGGCUUGAAAUUCGUUAUGGUGACAUCGGCAAAAUUUGAGGUUUUGACGAUAUAAAAAAAGGUGGUCGCGGACUCGCGAUGAUGAGGCGUUCAGGGUGGGGCUGCUUCAAGGGUGAGAGCGAAGGGUUGAUGAUUAUAUAUCCAUCAAAGUUACUUCUGAAAAUAGGUGGAUGAUUAUAUAUCCAUCAAAGUUACUUCUGAAAAUAUACUCGAAUUUCCUUAUUUAGAGCUCGUUUGAUGACAUGUUUUCGGCUUAUCAACCAACCUUUUCUACAAAACAUACAACUUUUGAUUCCGUGCACUAAAUUAUGUAAUUGUCAAAAUAAGUAAAGUUGGAGAUACUUUUAGGCGGAACUUGCCGCAAAUGACCAUUUUAACUAUUUUCAU